AUGGAGUUUUUGACAGUCUUGUCAGACCUCCAAGCAGAGGCUAAAUGUCUCAUCUGUCUGGAAUACUUGAAAGACCCAGUGACCAUCCACUGUGGGCAUAACUUCUGUUUCUCCUGCAUCAGUAUGUCCUGGAAGGAUCUAAAUGAUAGUUUCCCUUGUCCUUUUUGCCAUUUACGCUGUCCAGAAAGGAAAUUCAUGAGCAAUAACCAGCUGAGUAAUUUGACUGAAAUUGCCAAGCUACUCCAAAUAAGAAGAAGUAAAAGGAAAAGGCAGGAAGAGAAGCUUAUGUGUGAGAAACACCAUCAGAUUAUGACUUUAUUCUGUCAGAAGGACCUAGAGGUUUUAUGUCCACAGUGCAGUUUCUCUGCUGAUCACCUCCAUCACUAUAUUUGGCCCAUAGAGGAGGCUGCCCCCUAUCAUAGGAAAAACUUGGAGUGUUACAUUAUGGCAUGGAAAGAGAAAAUAGAGCACAGUUUAAGAGUGAUCACUAUGCAUACCACAAAAUCACUGGAACUGAAGAUAAAGGCAGAACAUAGAAGAGAAGAAAUCAAGGCUGAAUUCGAGCAAUUUAUGUUGUUUCUCCAAAAUGAGCGAGAGAAUGUACUGAGACAAUUACAAGAUGAUGAGAUGGGUAUUUUGGUAAAACUAAGUGAAAACCUAACAAAAUUUUCAGAUCAUGCCACCUCAUUAAAGCACUUCAUAAAAGAGAUAAAGAGAAAACGCAUAGAGUCAGAUCUGGAGUUGCUGGCAGAUAUUAAGAGUGUCUACCUCAGAUAUAAAAACUUAAAAUGCCCUGAACUGUUUUCAUUUCAAUUAAAAGACUAUGGUUACCGUCUUCCACCACAAUAUUCUGGCCUGAAUAAAAUUAUCCAGCGAUUUCAAGUUGAUGUAAUUCUAGAUCCUGACACAGCACAUCGUAAACUUGUUGUCUCAGGAGAUGGGAAAUCUGUGAAAUACGGAAAUAUAACGCAAAAGUUACCACCUAACCCAAAAAGAUUUUAUCUCUGCCCAGCUGUUCUAGGUUCUAAGGAAUAUAAUUCUGGCAGGCAGUACUGGGAGGUAGAAGUCAAAGAUAAGUAUGAAUGGAUUAUAGGUGUCUGUACAGAAUCUCUUCCCAGAAAAAGAAAGAGUCAUAAUCAACCAAUUUUAGUACAGGAUGGGUUAUGGGGAAUUGGGCUAUGGGGUCAGGGUAAUUAUGUUGCAGUAGGUCCUAGGAAAAUUCAGCUUCUGCCACAUGUAACACCAAAUAAGAUUGGCAUUUUUUUAGACUUUGAAAUGGGUGAGGUUUCCUUUUAUAAUCUUAACGAUAGAUCUAUUCUGUACACUUUUAGUGAUUAUUUUACAGGAGUACUUUGGCCCUAUUUCUACACUGGAACUGACUCAAAACCUCUUCAAAUCUGUACAGUUACAGAUUUUGAAUGA